AUGGCCUCACAAUCCUAUGGCUCAGUCGCGAGCGCGAGCCUCCGACAAACCUCCCAAUCCGAUGCGACCCCCAACUUCCCCAAUGCGUCCCGCGCCCCGGGCUCCGUUCCUCUCGCCGAACUCUCCGCCCAAGUCCAAUCGCUCCUUUCUCAGAUCAGCGCCCAGAAUGUGCGUCUCUCCAGCACUCUCUCCCAAUUCAGCGACGAGAUCCUCCGCAGCGGCGGCCGGCUCGCCUACGAAGUGGAAGUCCUGCGCGGCGAGGCCAUUGGGCUCUCCGAGACCCUCACGGAGGUCUUGCGCGACGACAUCCAGAAGUUUGUCCCCGCCGAAGCCGCGGACACUCGCAAGGACCGCGCGCAGGUGGUUGAGGACGAGACGCCUACGGAGGAGGGGGAAGUAGAGGGCGGGACGGAGGAGAAAGAGGCCGAGGCCCUGGACGACCCGGUCUACAUUACGAACCUGCGGACGCUGAACAAAGUGCGGUCCCGGCUGGAGGACGUGGUGCAGACGUUUGGCGAUGCAAUGGAGUGGCCGCUGCCGCCGUCUGAAACGUCCUUUUCAUCUUCUUUUAUCUCGGUUUCCGGGCCCGAGAUCGGCAUUGAAGGGUCGGACCAGGAGGAGAAGGGGCAGCAGGUAAUGAAGAAGCUACGGACUGAGGUCAUUGAGCUUCUGGAUAGCAAUGGCGGUGGGCGUGCUGGGUUGGAAGCUGCUAGCCAGCGGGUGGAGACGCUGAGGAAUCUGGCGACGGUGUGGCGAGGGACUGCGGAGGACAAGGCGCGGCAGCGCUUUGUGGAUAACCUUGGGCGACUGGUUGAUGAGCGGAGGCGCACUCUGGAUCACCAGCAGGCUAUGGCCGAGCAGAGUCAGCGUGCUAAAUCGAGGUCGGAACAACGGAGUGACUAUGAGCGGGGUCCGUCGACGGGAGGCUUCUUGCAGAGGCUGAAGGAGGAGAUCUACUUGGAAUAA